AUGGCUCGCACCAAGAACGGCAUCCCGAGAAGAUUGGUUUUCGAAUCUCCCCGUAGACCCGCGACUCCAACUAAACCUUCUAGGCCCAGAACUAGGCUUCCUCCCAGAAGAGGAACUCCGUUUCCUUCGAAUCUGGCCGGGAAGUACGUGCUCAUACGGAGUUUUUUGAAAAGACCCCGUCGCUAUAGACCAGGAACAGUGGCUUUGCGAGAAAUUCGACAGUACCAAAGAUCUACGGAUUUACUGAUCCGGAAACUACCCUUCCAGCGAUUGGUUCGGGAAAUUGCACAGACACUUGGUCCUCAAUGGCGUUUUCAGACGACAGCCCUAGCCGCUCUCCAAGAGGCCAGCGAAUCAUAUCUGGUGGCUCUGUUUGCCGAUACGAACUUGUGCGCUAUGCACGCGAAGCGUGUCACAAUAAUGGUGAAGGAUCUUCAACUGGCCCGCCGAAUUCGAGGCGAAACUAGAUGAACAGCUUCGGAGAAUUUGACGAAUAAACGAACUUUCCAGU